AUGGAGUCUGUGUACUACAUCGCGCUAGGUGCGCUCAUCACAUACUCGCUCUUUCGUCUCGUCCGUGUCGGUCACCGACCCAAGAACCUCCCACCUGGUCCGCCCACACUGCCUAUUUUCGGCAACAUCCAUCUUUUCCAGAAAUGGGCAAAGGAGUUCGGCCCAGUGUAUUCGCUGAUGCUGGGCACAAAAACUAUGAUUGUCCUUUCCAGCGACAAGGCUGUGAAAGAUUUACUCGAUAAGAAGAGCGGAAAUACUAGUGGACGGCCUGAUCUGUACACUGGCCAGACACUGAUGAGUGGUGACAAGAGGAUGGUCAUGAUGGACAAACAACUUCAAGUGCUUUUUGAGAACUUGGAUGAGUACGUUCAUCUGAACUCCACUGGUGGUGCCGCCCUGGCAGACUUCUAUCCCAUCCUUCGCUACUUACCAACCUGGCUCCUCCCGUCGAAACGUCAAGCGACUCAACACUAUGAUCGAGAGAUCAAGAUGUACACAGAGAUGUACCGUGAUGUGAAAGCCAAGAUCCAGGAUAGUGAUUCAAAAUACCGUCCAUGCGUCUUGAACGAAGUCGUCUCCAUGCAAGCCAAAGAAGGUUACUCAGAUGAAUACACCUCGCAUAUCCCCGCGCAACUAUGGGAAGCAGGCAGCGACACAACAUCCACCCAACUCUAUGCUUUCAUGCAAGCACUUCUUCUCUACCCACACGUCCAGGCAAAAGGCCAAGCGGAAAUCGACGCCGUCAUCGGACACGACCGCAUGCCUACUCUCGAUGACAUGACACGCCUUCCAUACGUGCGCGCGUGCGUGAAAGAAUGUCUUCGCUGGCUACCGACAGCUAUUCUCGGUGCAUUCCCGCAUGCGACAUGUGAGGAAGACACGUACAUGGGCUAUCGCAUCCCCAAAGGCGCUAUCAUUUUACUCAACACAUGGACUAUUCAUCGCGAUCCUCGACGCUACCCUGAUCCUACGGCGUUCAAUCCAGAACGCUUUCUCGGCGACACUUCGUCUUCGACGGAGUCAGCGAACAGUAUCGAUGUCUCGCGACGCGAUCAUUUUGCUUUCGGCGCGGGCCGGCGCAUUUGUCCGGGCAUGAAUGUUGCGGAUCGAAGUAUGCUGCUGGGGAUAUCGCGCAUCUUUUGGUCGUUUGAUGUCAAUCGGAAGAUUGGCGCUGAUGGAAAGGAGAGUAUACCCGUCCAAGAUGACUUUAUACCAGGCUUCGUUGCAAUUCCGAAGCCAUUCGAUGCUGUUGUUACGCCGAGGAGUGUGGCAAAGAAAGCGAUCAUCGAGAAGGAGUGGGAGGUGGCGAAGAGUGGAUUGGAUGAGAUGGGUCAAUUUGCUCAGAACUAA